AUGAGAACGCACACUGGUGAAAAACCAUUUGGAUGUGAAAUAUGCACAAAACAGUUUGCACGAAGUUUUGACUUAAAAGUUCAUAUGAGAACGCACACUGGUGAAAAACCAUUUGUAUGUGAAGUAUGCACAAAAAAAUUUUCCCAAGCUGCUAACUUUAAAGUUCAUAUGAGAACGCAUAUUGGUGAAAAGCUAUUUGGAUGUCAAAUAUGCACAAAACAGUUUAUAACAAAUAAUCAAUUAAAAAGACAUAUGGUGGUACAUACUGGUGUAAAACCAUUUGGAUGUAAAAUAUGCACAAAACAGUUUGUAACACACAAUGAGUUAAAAAGACAUAGUGUGGUGCAUACUGGUGAAAAACCAUUUCGAUGUGAAAUUUGCACCAGAGAGUUUUCGCAAAGUUCUGAUUUAAAAAUACAUUUGAGAAUUCACACUGGAGAAAAAUUAUUUGGAUGUGAAAUAUGUACAAAACAGUUUUCAAGACGGGCUCAAUUAAAAAUACAUAUGUUGGUGCAUACUGGUGAAAAACCUUUUGAAUGUCAAUUAUGCACAAAACAGUUUUCAAAACGGGAUCACUUAAAAGGACAUAAUAUGAUAGUGCAUACUAGUGAAAAACCAUUUGGAUGUGAAAUAUGCACAAAACAGUUUACACGAAGUGCUGACUUAAAAAGACAUACGAUGUUGCAUACUGGUGAAAAACCAUUUGGAUGUCAAAUUUGCACCAAAGAGUUUUCAAGACGGGCUCACUUAAAAGGACAUAUGGUGGUGCAUACUGGUGAAAAACUAUUUGGAUGUUUAAAGUGUGAAGAUAGGCUGACUGAUGAAAACAACGAAUUACAAAAUCUUGUUAUAAAUAACCAAUUGAACCAAUAUUCAACUGACGGUAGGAAAGUGAAUACUGUUGAAAAACCAUUUGGAUGUGAAAUAUGCACAAAACAGUUUGCACGAAAUUUUGACUUGAAAGUUCAUAUGAGAACGCACACUGGUGACAAACCAUUUGGAUGUCAAAUAUGCAAAAAACAAUUUACAAAAAGUACUUACUUAAAAGUUCAUAUGAGAACGCAUAUUGGUGAAAAGCUAUUUGGAUGUCAAGUAUGCACAAAACAUUUUCUCACAAAUGCUCACUUAAAAACACAUAUGGUGGUGCAUACUGGUGUAAAACCAUUUGGAUGCGAAAUAUGCACAAAACAGUUUACACAACUGCCUCAUUUAAAAGUUCAUAUGAGAACGCAUAAUGGUGAAAAACCAUUUGGAUGUCAAGUAUGCACAAAACAGUUUUCCACAAAUGAUCACUUAAAAAGACAUAUGGUGGUGCAUACUGGUGUAAAACCAUUUGAAUGCGAAAUAUGCACAAAACAGUUUGUAACGCACAAUGAGUUAAAAAUACAUAUGGUGGUGCAUUCUGGUGAAAAACCAUUUGGAUGUAAAAUAUGCACAAAACAGUUUAGACGAACUGCUGACUUAAAAUCUCAUAUGAUUACCCACACUAGUGAAAAACCAUUUGGAUGUAAAAUAUGCACAAAACAGUUUACACAACUUUCUAAUUUAAAAAUUCAUAUGAGAAUGCACAUUGGUGAAAAACCUUUUGGAUGUCAAGUAUGCACAAAACAGUUUUUAAGAAAUGAUCACCUAAAAAGACAUAUGGUAGUGCAUACUGGUGUAAAACCAUUUGGAUGUGAAAUAUGCACAAAACAGUUUGUAACACACAAUGAGUUAAAAAUACAUAUGGUGGUGCAUACUGGUGAAAAAACAUUUGGAUGUGAAAUAUGCACAAAACAGUUUGCACGAAGUUCUGACUUAAAAGUUCAUAUGAGAAUUCACACUGGUGAAAAACCAUUUGGAUGUAAAAUAUGCAAAAAACAGUAUAGACGAACUUGGGACUUAAAAUCUCAUAUGAUAACCCACACUAGUGAAAAACCGUUUGGAUGUAAAUUUUGCACCAAAGAGUUUUCCCGAAGUUCUGAUUUAAAAAUACAUUUGAGAAUUCACACUGGAGAAAAACCAUUUGUGAAAUUUGCAUAA